UCCGGUGGAUGAGAUAAUUAUAUGCUUCAGAUUAACAGAUGGUAAUUGAAGACUCCGUAACGAUUCGAAUUAAUGAAAAGCUUACAGGUGAAUCCUCUGUAUUCUCAGAUCCUUUCAUUUUCAAAGUGCCAAAAGAACUACGGAGCGUAAAUGAAGAGGCAUAUGAACCGAAACUAAUUGCAAUUGGUCCUUAUCACCAUGGUAAAGAUCAUUUACUUUCCAUGGAAGAUCAUAAAAUACGGUAUCUUCAAAACUUCCUUCAACAAACUUCUCAGAAAAAUGUAUCAAGAUAUGUGCAGGUCAUAAGAAAUUUGGAAGAAAGAGCUCGUAAAUGUUAUGUAGAGCCUUUAAGAUUUACCCAUGAUGAAUUCGUUGAAAUGAUGCUUAUUGAUGGUUGCUUUAUUAUUGAGUUUAUACGCAAAUUGCGAGAACGUGAUAUGGAAGACCUUCUUUUCAGAUCUAAUCAUAUGUUGCAUAGUGUCAUGCUGGACCUGCUAUUGCUUGAAAAUCAACUUCCAUUCUUCAUACUACGGGAGUUGCUUGUCACAAGCAAUGUAAGUCCGGACCAAGAAAGCACCUUCAUUUCAAUGAUUUUGGUAUUCUAUAAAAGUUUUCUACCAGGCUCACUGUGUAAUUCAAGUCGCGCAUACACUCCAGAAAAUAUGAUACAAAUCAAGAACCUACUGGGAUUAUUGCAUGACCACUGGCAACCUUCCCCUGCAAGGCUAGAGGUUUAUGAGAAAAUACGACAAGCCGUGGAAAGAGGUUUUACGCACUGUGCCACAGAGCUCAAAGAUGCCGGGAUUAAGUUCAAGAGUGCUGUUGAGAGAAAUAACUUGUUCGAUAUAAAUUUUGUAAACAGCACAAUUACAAUCCCAAAAAUACAAAUAACAGAUAUAACAGAAUGUGUCUUGCGAAAUCUCAUAGCCUACGAGCAGUUGACUUCUUUCACGAGUCCAAAAUAUUUCACUGAUUACAUGAUAUUCAUGGAUAGCCUCAUCAAUUCUAAAAAGGAUGUGGAACUACUUUGUCACCAGGGGAUAAUUGAUAACUGGAAGGGAGACGAUGAAGCCAUUGCUAUUCUAUUCAACAAGCUUGGGGAACAUGUCUUCUACCAAAGCAAUCUCUACGCGGAUAUAGUCAACAAUGUUAAGGAGCAUUGCAAGAAACGAAGGAAUCUGUGCAAGAAACGAUGCAAUCCGUGGAUGGCCAAGUUGAGGCAGGAUUAUUUUCAAAGCCCAUGGUCUUUUAUUUCUGUUUUGGCUGCUACGAUGCUGCUCCUUCUUGCCUUGACUCAGACUGUUUAUUCAGUUAUUUCUUAUUAUAAGUAAAUUGUUAAUGUUUCUUGUUCA